AUGGCGACGGGCGACCUCGGCAACAACGCGACCAAGGUCCGGCGGCAGCUGCAGGCGAUCCAGUACCCGCACGACGCCAACGACGCUGCCAAGCAGCUCGCCAGAGGCACGCCCGUGAACCACCUUCGCGAGCUCCUGCGCAUCUUGCACUACGCGCUCCUCGACUACUCGCGGCACGUCGCGCAGCGCGUGCAAGCAGCGGACCUCGAUCUCUAUGGGCGUACGGACGCCAAGUUUGUCGACGGCGUCUUUCGCUUUGCCCGCGAGCACCUCGGGUACUUUCCUUCGCUCACCAGCGCUCAGUUUUUGUCGGCGACGCAGUUUCGCGAGCGCAAACUCAUCAUUGUGGCCGAGAUGCUCGAGCACAUCGCCAAGAUCCACGUCGAGGGCCUUCGCCAGCAGCGAAUAAAGCAGUCGGUUUGGGUGCCCAGCGACAAGGCGCCUUCUGGCCGGCCAUCGCGCCCCGUCCAAUCGCCGAUUGAAAUGGUCGAGCAUCGCGCCAAGGCUCCAGCGACAUGGCAGAGCGUCAACCUUGGGCAGACCAAGCCGUCGCGCGUGGUUCGACACGUCGCGUCACCGCCCGCAUACCACGUAUCGCCGCUCCUUCCGGCCCCACAGCCCGAGCCCGAGCCCGAGGCUCCGCUUAUUUUCAACUGGCAGACACCCAUCGAUGGCGCUGUGUACAAGACUAUGGACAAGGCGGUCUUGAAGCCGCCGCCACCAACACCGUACUGGGUCGAAGCACAUGUUCAACAAGAGCAGCAGUCGCCACGUACGUACGAAGAGUGUGACGACGCCGUCGACGAGCUGUACCCACGAGAACUGCCGAUUCAGCCAAGUGUCGAGCACCCGAUCCAGCCCUCGCGCGCACCAACGCCAUCGGUGCCAGCGAUGCAGGCCACGUUGGCCACGCUCGAGGCGACGCUUUGCAACAAGCUCGACGAUAUUCUCGCGCUCGUCACGGACAAGUUCGCGCAGCUCGACGCACGGCUGGCGCGGCUCGAGGCCAAGGUCGACAAGCCGGACUCUUAUCGAAGCCCCAACCAAGAACUCGAGACGGCCAAGGCGCUCAACGUCCCGCGCACGACGACUGCCCACAGUUCCGUGUAUCGCUGGCCGCCCGAGCCCGCUGCGUUUCGUAAAGUGAUCUAG